AUGGGGCUCACGCCAAUGAGCCUAAGGGCAAUUUGGUCAUUUCUCCUCCAUGCCAUCAUUUUCUCUCCCAUGUACAUUCCAUGGUUGUUGGGAUCUGCUGCUAACUUCUCCAACGAAACAGAUCAUCUUGCUUUAGUCCACUUCAAACAUCUGAUAACUGACGAUCCUCUCCAUUCCUUGAGCUCCUGGAACCAUACUCUCCACUUCUGCCACUGGCAAGGAGUGACUUGCGGUCACCGACAUCCUCAAAGGGUCACGGCCUUGAACCUCGUUGGCCAAAACUUGGUGGGCCCCAUAUCUCCCUACAUAGCAAACCUCACCUUCCUCAGGAUCAUCAAUUUCACAGGCAACAGCUUCUACGGCGCGGUUCCUGAAGAGAUUGGCCAUUUGUUCCGUUUGCAGUAUCUCACUCUGUACAACAACACAUUCACCGGAGAAAUUCCAGUAAAUCUGACCCACUGUUCAGAACUCAAAGUCCUCGAUCUUGACAAGAACCAGCUUGUAGGGAGGAUUCCAACUGAGCUAGGUUCUCUGUCCAAGCUCACCAAAUUGAACCUUGGUCACAACAGUCUUACAGGAAGCAUCCCACCUUCACUUGGAAACCUUUCGUCUCUCACUUACCUUUUUCUCUCGGGUAACAAUCUCGAAGGCAGCAGCAUCCCAAGUGAGCUCAGCCAGCUGGAAAGCUUAGAGGUGCUUGCAAUUUCUUCUAAUAAACUAUCAGGUAGGAUUCCUCCCUCUCUAUACAAUCUUUCAUCCAUUACCGAUUUGGACGUGGGAGAUAACAGAUUGAAUGGAAAUCUUCCAUCCAACUUAGGCAUCGCUCUCCCUAAUCUCCAAGGACUCUAUGUUGGAGGAAACCAAUUCACAGGACCCAUUCCAGUUUCAUUACCCAACGCUUCGGGACUUGUACUUCUUUCAUUUGCGGUCAGUAGUUUUAGUGGAUCCGUGCCUAUGAAUCUUGGAAGCCUCAAGAGUCUCACUAGGGUAUCUUUCGGCGGCAAUCGACUUGGAACCGGGAAAUCUCAUGACUUGAGUUUUCUCGUUUCAUUGACCAAUUGUACUAGCUUACAAAUACUGGCCGUGGAGGGUAACCGUCUCAGCGGUGCGUUGCCUGACUCCAUAGCUAAUCUUUCGACCCAACUGACAUGGCUAUCACUUGGUGAGAACAGGAUAUUCGGAAGCAUCCCAUCUGGUAUUCAAAACCUUUUCAGCUUAAGAAAGUUGUCUAUGCGAUAUAACUUUUUAACGGGUGCCAUUCCCAUUGGUGUUGGGAAGCUUAACAAAAUGGUGGAACUAGCCUUCGGUAGAAAUGAAUUAUCUGGAAAUAUUCCAUCUUCCUUGCAAAACAUGUCCCGGUUGUAUAAACUUUAUUUACACCAAAACAGUCUAACAGGGAGCGUACCUUCAAGUCUUGGAAAUUGUACAUACAUGCAGGUUUUGAACCUCGCUGAUAAUAAUCUUAGUGGUAGCUUACCCAAACAACUUUUCAGCUUUCCCUCUUUAAUUGCAAUCUUUGUUGGAGGCAACUUGUUUAGUGGUGCUCUGCCAUUGGAAGCCGGAUACCUGAAAGCUCUCCAGAUAUUGCAUGUUUCUAAUAACAAAUUGUCAGGUGAAAUUCCAAGUACACUAGGUAACUGUCUAAGCCUAGAGUAUCUUGGGUUGGAUGGGAACUUCUUUCAAGGGUCAAUUCCUUCUACAUUUAGUACUCUAAGAGGCCUUCAAUCCCUGGAUCUUUCAGGCAACAACUUGUCUGGAAAGAUUCCCAAAUACCUGGAGAACCUUUCUGCUUUGGAAUACCUAAAUCUAUCUUUCAAUGAUUUCGAGGGUGAAUUACCAAAACAAGGGGUCUUUAGAAAUGCCAGUGAAGUUUGGGUACUCGGAAAUAGUAAGCUUUGUGGGGGUAUUGAAGAAUUGAAAUUGCCAGCGUGCUCUAGCCAAGCUUCCAAGAAAUUGGGGAUGUCUCUUGCUUCAAAAGUAAAAUUCUCAAUAAUUUUUGUCCUGUGUCUCAUUUCAUUAUCAUGUUUCGUCACCACUCUGUAUUGGGUAAGAAAGUCGAGAAAGAAACCUUCUGUUCCGCCGUCCGUGGAGGAUCCUUUCAUGAACAUAUCAUAUGCAGACCUCUUUAAAGCGACAGAUGGCUUCUCUUCUGCAAAUUUGAUUGGCAGUGGAAGCUUUGGUUCUGUAUAUAAAGGAACACAAGAUGGAGAUGGAACUGUUUUUGCAGUGAAAGUCUUCAACCUUCAACAGCAAGGAGCUCUGAGGAGCUUCAUGGCCGAAUGUGAAGCUUUGAGAAACAUUAGGCAUCGGAAUCUUAUUAAAAUCUUAACCUGUUGCUCAAGCAUUGAUUAUAAAGGCAAUGAGUUCAAGGCUUUAGUUUUUGAGUACAUGAACAAUGGAAGUCUAGACAGGUGGUUACGCAAAGAUGGGUAUGACCAGCUGAGGGGGAAUUUAACCUUUAUUCAAAGGUUAAAUAUAGCACUUGAUGUGGCUUCUGCACUGGAUUAUCUACAUCACCAUUGCCAAACACCAAUCGUGCAUCGUGAUUUAAAACCGAGCAACAUUCUUCUUGAUGAUGACAUGAUUGCCCAUGUGGGUGACUUCGGGUUAGCGAGGUUUUUAUCUGAGGUUGCUCAAACCAUAUCGCUUGGGGUGAAGGGAUCUAUUGGGUACAUCGCUCCAGAGUAUGCAAUGGACGGUAAAGCUUCUACACAAGGAGAUGUUUACAGCUAUGGAAUCAUUCUCUUGGAGAUGAUAACUGGAAAGGGGCCAACUGAUGACAUGUUUAAAGACAAUCUAAGCCUUCAUCAUUUUGUCAAGUUGGCGUUGCCUGAACGAGUAAUGGAGAUUGUAGAUCCAUAUCUCUUUGAAGAAGCGGAAGUUACUCAAGGCAGUGGAAAUCAUAUCAAUGCAAGGAAUAGAAUGUGUGAUUGCUUGAUUUCCAUGGUCAGAAUUGGUGUGUUGUGUUCUUUGGAAUCUCCGAGAGAACGAAUGGAGAUGAAAAAUGUUGUCACGGAAAUGCAUGCAAUCAAGGACUUAUAUCUGAAGUCAGAAUUCACAGAGAUACAAGUUAGAUCACCGUUGUGGGGUGAAGGUAAGUCUUACCUCAGUCAUCACUGAGAUAUUACUACAAGUUUGUUAAGAAAGAUUUCGAAAUACAAUAAGUUUGUUGAACAAGCUUUAGAUAUAUAUAAUUAUGGCUUAUGAGUGAGCUUGUACUGAUGCUUUAUAUGUGGGAAGAUUUGUUUCUUUUCCUUUAUUUUGUCCUGUGUUAGGCAAAGGAAGAUUGUAUCAUGAAUGUAAUAGGAUACAAAUAUUAUCUACUUAUAAUAAGAAAACUAUUGGGUUUCUAAGGUGUUUAAUCGCUGAGCAUUUUAUAAACCCAUUUCAAAAUGCUAUUAUAAUCUAGCAAAGUCCCAUUAUGGAUUAAGAUCUUUUGCCUGAUGAAUGUGAAUAAUUUCUUUUUGCAAAUGUCCACUGAUAUACCACCAACAAAAGUGUUAGAAUCAUCCAAACAUUGUAAUGUCC